AGUCAAAUUUUGGCAAACUGUUUGUCAAUAGUAUGGUACCGGCAUUUCAUCGAUUCCAUCUUACAUGAGUGUCAUACGAUAUUUUUCAACAUAGUUGAAAGCAACGACAACGUAAUAUUUCUAGUGUGUUGAAAACUAUAACGUCAUGAGAAUAUAAUAUCAUUUUUCGAUAUCCAUCAAUGGUCUUUACUUAUUUCGCGGACUUUAUUACCCAUCGAUAAAAUUAAUUAUUAUUCUUAUAUCUAUGAUAUUACCCACAAUUAAGUAGGUCUCUGGGCAAAACGCUGGGCUCCCUUCUUGCGUGAGGUGAGGAGUCUGCGCUGCUGUUUGUCAUGGGAUGAUCUCAAGAUAAAUACAUAAUGGUAUUCAAGAUAAAACUAAGCAUGUUUCUUAUAUCAUUGUCGCUGGUAAUUGCCGCUGCUUCCUUUGCGACAUCAUUUAGUGUAAUUUGUGUUGUUUGUAUAAAACAGAGGUAACAUGCAACGGUGCCUUAUUCUUAUGAUAUCUUUAUCUGGUUGAUAUGUGGUACCUGCCUUGUCUGCUGUUUUGCGCUAUUUUAGAUCCCAGCUAUGGAGUCUAUUCAAAAAUGGAUUUCGGCAAUGACGAGGAAGUCACAGUCACCAAUUCCACCAAAGUGGAAGACGAGGACGUGGAAGUAAAACAUACUAUUGUUGUGUCUACUAAGCUGAAGAAUAAUAAUAAUAAUAAUCGUCGAGGAUUGCACGCUCCUACUGAUGGUGAUGGUGUCCUUACGUACAGCGUUGGUACACCUAAAGACAAAGACAGUGGUGAAGUACCAAUCGUGGGCGGAUACAAAUCUGUCGAGUCCACUCGGAUAAGAACCCCAGAUUCGAGAUUCAAAACUCGAACAUACUCACGUCCAGAUUCUGUGUUAGUCAACCGUAACAUCCGUGACGAACUUGAUAUAGUUCCGAAUUUGGCCACUAAUCCUAUGCAGUGGAAACCUUCAACUUAUUUUAACAACAUCAACUGGUGGACUCCUGAUGUAAGACCGCAGAAUAAUUUCGUAAGAAGGAAUGAUCGACCUUUAGUAGACAAUCGCAGACUUAAUAAAAAAAUAAGUAAUGAUGGUAUGAAAGAGUUCUAUUGCAGAAGGUGUAGAGAGUUGAGUAUAGGCGCUAUUGACCAGCCUCCAAAAGACUGUGUGCAGCAACGGAGUAACCCUUGGAAUUAUGAGACUACUCCGAAGAUGAAGUUGGACGGCAAAUUGGCGAAAUUAAACUAAUAGCUCAUGCCAUUGUUUUUGUUCAUCCCGUGUCCAUAAUGCUGGGUCGCAAAAACGCAGCGAUAAUAUCGGACAGACCUUGAAAUGUUCAGAUUAUGACACACUCAUACGGGUCUAUAAAAACUCAUCGUUGUUGGUUUUUAAUGGUAAUUUUAAUUAUAAGUAUUGUUAAUAAUUUUAUGGUUAGCAAAAAUAAGAAAAAUGUUGUGUUUCGUGUUUAUUGUUGGACAAUUAAAUUGUGAGCGAGUUUGAUAUUAUUUAUCAUCACAAUUUUUAUGAGAUCUGUCUGAUGCAAACUGAGAAUUGAAAUUAGUUACAUUGUGACAUUUCGGUAUCCGUUUAGCUGUGUACAGAAUAUCCAGUUACUUUGCCGUUGUUGUUGACGACGGUUUCGGAGCCGCGGUUGCUGAUCUCUUUCCCGUUGAUGUUGGAAGAGGAGGAGUAGGCAGUAGACUUCAUGCUCACGAAGUUAGCCCCGGGGAUAGCUGAUCCCUCGUUGAACCUUUCGAACACGUUCACGUUGGGAUUGUUCUGAAAUUAUUUGAGUCUUGUAAUUGAUAUAUAUAAAUUGUAUAUCAGACACCGAAGUUCCACAUUGACAGAUGAUAUGACACUUCGUAAUUAUUUUAUUUGAUGUAAACAAAACGUUUUACUUGUAAAAUGGCUUCUUUUAUAUUAUUGAAGACAAAAAUUAAAAUAUAACUUUCACUGGACUAAAUACCUGCAAAGGUUUAGUUGCGUUAUAAGUGUUAAGAUGUACGCCAAAUUUGACGUAAUUUAAUAAAGUCGACACACUAUUUGAUAGAUUUAGGUAUAUUAAUGCAAUUGAAUCAAAUCAUAAUUCAUGCAAUGGGUAUUUCCUUUGAUAAAAGUGACAACUUUGUUAUAAAUCACGUUCAUUGGAAAAUGCCAAUGCAUUAUUGUUAUGCAUGCAUUAUGUAAUUUAAUUAAAGUUGCUGCAGUUAUGGUUUUUAGAAACAAAAUUCAAUCUAUUUGGUCUGAUCUUGUGUAUAAGUUGAUGAAUACUUCACAAAGUGAUGUACAUUUUGGAUGAAUGAGAAAUUUGUGACUAAUGAGAAUUUAAAUUAAUGAGUUGGCAAAAUUAGGAUUCAUUUGUUAUAAGCUAAUAAUGAACAAAAAAUUUUAAUGACCUAUACUGUAAAAUUUGAUUUAUUUACAUGUUCAUGGAAUUAGCUUCUGAGAAGAAUGGUGAGGUAGCACAAAGAGGCUUUUUCUUUAAUAUAAUAUCUUACCGGGUUGGGAGGGCUAAUGGCUGCUAUCUGAUGCGUGAACCCUGGCGCGGCGAAACCGCCAGCGAAGGCACUAUUCGCUGAGUUGAACAUAUUCCCGAAAUUCCCAAAAUCACCGGACCUGAAUGGCAAAUAGGGAAUGUAACCAGCUUGGCUGGAGGUCAGGUCGAAUGCUUGCUGAGCUGCCUUCAAAGCCAGAGCCUGGUUAGCUAAGUUUGAUUCAAACGCCCUGGAAACACAAUGUUAAUGUCAGACACACUCUCAAGCGUUAUUGGAUGUAGUUAUGUAAGCAUAGAGAGAAAAUAGAUUUUUUUACCAUUAGCGGAAGUAGUAAGAAUGUUUAUUCCUUAACGAUAAUGUAGUAUGAAAUACAGGUUAGUGAAAACAGGAAAAAAUGUUCUAAAAUUUUCAAUUAUGUAGCAGGUAGACAGGUUUAUAGCUAUGCUUUCACAAAAAUUUAAAAUACUUGUAACUAGAGAUAUGAAUAGGUUAAGAUUAGGAGUGUGAAGUAAGUCUUGGUAUGCAUAGCGUGGAAAACCCUUUAGUUAUGUUAUAUAAUGAGAUGACUUGCUGAAGCUGCUGCAAUUAUGGUUUUUAGAAGCAAAAAUCAUAAUAUAAUCGUCCGAUGAUUUUUGUAAUUUUUUUUUGAAAAGAAGAAAUAAAACGAUCUAUUUGGUCU